UGAGGACUCACGAAAAGAGUACUGUGGUGGCAGUUAAUGUAUACUUACUUUUGCACAGUGAGUGUCAUUGGGAACAUAACUGUCGAAACGAAGCAAGCAUGGCGAAUUACAGAUAAAGGAAUACACAGGUGGAGACACAAAAGUCGGUGUCCUUUUCAUCAUUUAAAAAGGCUAUAAGAGGCGUCUGCUUAUCACUCCUGUAUGGAAUAGAAGGACGACAGGACAAAUCAAAUUUGUACAGGAGGUGCGAUUACAAUCCAUUUAACCAAACUACCUGUUUUUUAGAAGAAAACGCACUUUACGCAUCGGGUGCGUUGCGUAAAACGCACGAAAAAGGGAAUCAGUCAUCUGCGUGGAUAGCAAGAACAUAUUAUCUCAAAGGGAAAGUGGUAAAGUGUUUCUUAAAGUAAUCUUAAAAGGACCCUGGACUUUGAGAGAACUGAAUCGCAACGGAUUCUCCCAUGAGGCUGGAAGGCGCCAGAAUGGACAUAAUAAAAAAACUAUGGACGGCUCGGAAACUCAUUCUCGUGGUCAUGAUCCCGUUAUCGCUGUUGCCUCUUCCACUCAUUCACCCGUGCAGCGAAUCCUCUUGUGCUUACGUCCUGAUUGUUACCGCGGUAUACUGGGUAUCUGAAGCUGUUCCACUGGGAGCUGCAGCACUAGUGCCAGCCUUCCUGUACCCGCUGUUUGGGGUCCUUAAAUCCAGUGAGGUGGCCUCUGAAUAUUUUAAGGACACGACUCUACUGCUGAUGGGAGUCAUAUGUUUGGCUGCAUCCAUUGAGAAAUGGAACCUGCAUAAACGCAUCGCCCUCCGUAUGGUCAUGAUCGCUGGAGCCAAACCGGGCAUGCUGGUGUUGGGGUUCAUGUGCUGCACGGUCUUCCUCUCCAUGUGGCUGAGCAACACGUCCACCACCGCCAUGGUGAUGCCCAUCGCUGAAGCCGUGCUACAGCAACUCAUCUGCACUGGAAUAGCGGAUUCACUCGAUGACUCUGUUACCGUGGAUACACAGGAAGAGGACAGCGAAAAAGAGGAAAAUCACAAACCCAUCAACAAUGAACUUGAACUUAUGAACUACAAAGACAAUGAGCAACAUGAAGUCUGCAUUCUGAGAGAGGAGUCAAACGGUCUAGCAUUAAAGCCUGCUUUCGGCACGGCGUUUUCUAAUCAAUCAAAUGGAUAUCUCCCAGAGGGCCCAAUAAGCAUUCCUGCGCCACCAAAGAAACCCAAAAUCCGGAGAGACUCUUUGUACCCGACCAAGAGAGAUCACAUGAUCUGCAAGUGUCUGUCCCUCAGCAUCACAUACGCGGCCACCAUCGGUGGUCUCAUCACCAUAACCGGAACGUCCACCAACCUCAUCUUCGCCGAACAAUUCAACAAUCGUUACCCGGAGGCGAAAGUCAUCAAUUUUGGCACUUGGUUCAUCUUCAGUUUGCCGAUCGCUCUCAUCAUGUUGGUUCUGACCUGGCUAUGGCUGCACUUCUUAUUUUUGGGAUGCAAUUUUAAAGAGACUUGCUCUCUCAGCAAAAAACGCAAGACCAGGCGCGAGAUCCUGUCGGAGAAACGCAUUCAUGAGGAGUAUGAGAAACUUGGCCCCAUUAGUUAUCCUGAAGUUGUGACGGGCGUUUUCUUCAUUCUGAUGACUGUACUUUGGUUCACCAGGGAGCCAGGAUUCGUUCCAGGCUGGACGUCCCUAUUUGAGAAGAAGGGCUACAGGACGGAUGCCACAGUGUCGGUGCUCCUCGGGUUCCUCCUCUUCCUCAUCCCCGCUCGAAAGCCAUGGCCAUCUGCAUUCUCCAGCAAGAGCACAGGUGAUGAUGAGGAUGAGGAAGAUGACCCGCUGGCCCCGAUGAUCACAUGGAAGGACUUCCAGAGACUGAUGCCGUGGGAAAUCGUCAUUCUGGUUGGAGGGGGUUACGCGCUGGCCGCAGGAUGCAAGGUGUCAGGACUCUCCAUGUGGAUCGGUCGGCAGCUGGAGCCAAUGAGUGGUCUUGCUCCGUGGGCCGUCACACUGCUAACAUGCCUUCUCGUGUCAGCCGUCACAGAGUUCGCCAGCAACCCGGCCACACUCACCGUGUUCCUGCCCAUCCUCUCAGCUCUGUCAGAGACUCUGCAGAUCAACCCCCUGCAAACCCUGAUUCCCGCCACCAUGUGCGUGUCCUUCGGCGUCAUGCUGCCUGUUGGAAACCCGCCGAAUGCCAUAGUGUUCAGUUACGGACACGUGCAGAUCAGCGACAUGGUAAAAGCUGGCUUUGGAGUGAAUCUGAUUGGCGUUUUUGUGGUCAUGCUGGCUAUAUUGACAUGGGGAGAGCCACUGUUCGGCCUGAGUGAGUUCCCCACCUGGGCAGUGAUGCGUAACGUCACCGGCAACUUGUAGCUGAUGGCAGGCAGAGGGGACACUGAAUAUACACUGAAGGAGGCACAUAAAUGUUUCACAAGUUUUGUUUUGUCCUGUCUGUGGAGUAAAGAAGACCAUGUAUUUAUCUGUGAUGCCCCUGGGCUCCGUGGGAAGAUUUCUCCAAGCCUAUAAGAAUUCCUCACACAUUCAUACGAAAUGUUUCAUGUAUUACAUUUAAUAAUUUGCCAUUGCAAUCGAUGACAGGUAUUCAAAGUCACCCACUUCUUUUCACUUAUAAAUCAACGCUGCUUUUAAGUGUUAGACGUAGAUUACAUCAGCUGAACUUUAUGUGCCUACAUACAACGAAAUGCAAUCACCCGUGCACGUACCGACUGAAUGUAACGCACCUGAAUGCUUUAUUUUCUGAUGCCUAACAUGUGUCGCGAUACAUUUGCAUUAUUUACUGUACAUGAGUGUUGUGAGGAAGAUUAAACUUCAGAUAAAGCAGCUGAAAUCGUGCCUAACAUGCUGUUACCAAAAUGUUACUUAGGUUUUGUGGUCUGGUUACAGAACAUCAUUGCAAGUGUAAUGUAAAAAAUCAACUGGAAUUCUUCAUUAUUCUUACAAUCGCACGUUCAAUUGCUUUUGAAAGGUACAUACUAAAGACUAACAUUUUGUUAUCGCCGACAAUCCAGUGGCCUAGUCAUGACCGAAUCACUGUAAUUUUUUUUGCGCUCGAUCUCCAACAAAGCCUUUGUUUUACCUGAUAUCUCCAAAACAAAUAAAACACUGUAUUUUUGGUUCA